AUGGCACCAUUGAAACGUUCUCAGGCUCACCUUGAACCUGAAGAUUCCGACGAGGAAAAUGAGAGGUUGGAUUUGACACCCAGCUCGAAACGCCCUCGUCGAUCAGAUUCUCCAAGUUCUAGCGAUGAUAGCGAAUCGACGGAUGGCACAGACAGAAGCCAGAACACUCCACAGUUCACGCAAACUGUUGACGAUCGUUAUGAUGAGGAUGAAGACGAAUUAGAGUUGCGCGCCACACAAGCGAUUCAGGAAAAGUACUCGUUUGCCAGCGACGAACCUAAUGUUCCUGCCGAACAUGGUAUUCUGGAGCGCGUGGAGUGCUACAACUUCAUGUGCCAUGACCACUUUCACGUCGAACUUGGUCCUUUGAUAAACUUCAUUGUUGGAAAGAAUGGCAGUGGAAAGAGUGCUGUGCUCACUGCGAUAACCCUGUGUCUGGGCGGUAAAGCCUCCGCCACCAACCGGGGUCAAAGUCUCAAGAACUUCAUCAAGGAAGGAAAAGAGAGCGCCACCAUUGUUGUACGUAUCAAAAAUCAAGGAGAAGGUGCUUUCAUGCCGGAUGAUUAUGGAAAAUCGAUCAUUGUCGAGCGCCACUUCUCGAAAAAUGGCACGAGUGGCUUCAAGAUCAAGGCCGAAAAUGGACGGAUAAUGUCUACGAAGAAGGCAGAGCUGGAUGCUAUCAUCGACCACUUCACCUUGCAGUUUGACAAUCCGAUGAACGUUCUCUCACAGGACAUGGCACGUCAGUUUCUCAGCUCAUCGAGUCCCGCUGAAAAGUACAAAUUCUUCGUCAAGGGUGUUCAACUGGAACAGCUUGACCAGGACUACCGGUUGAUCGAGGAAUCCGCUGAUCAGAUUGAGGAAAAGCUGAGGAGCAGAGAACAAGAUGUCAAGAUUCUCAAGCGGCUAAGCGAUGCUGCGCAGGAGAAGCUAGAGAGAUCUGAGCAGCAUCAAAGUCUCAGAGAUCGAGUGCGGAAUGUCCGAAAUCAGAUGGCCUGGGCUCAGGUUGAGGAACAGGAGAGGGAGAGGGAUGCUCUUGACGAAGAACUUGCUAAAGCGGAUGAUGGAAUUGCCAAUGCCGAAGCCGGUGUUGAAAGGUUCGAUGAUGCUCUUAGAGAGGCCGAAGCCGAAGUCCAAAGCGCCGCUGAGUACGCAUGGCAAGCAUCGUCCAGAGUUGAGCAAGCGCAGGAAGAGAAAGAAAAGAUCAAGGGCGAAUGGGACGAGCAUAUGAAUGAACGGCAUGACUUACAGGCCCAACAACGUCAAAUAAAGGACCACCUUAAAGGGGCGGAGGCAAGGAUUCAGGAGACCCAAGAGAAGAUUGCUGAAGAGAACCAGCGAUUGGUCGAUCUGAAUGGUGGAAGUUAUGCUCGGAAACAGGAAGAACUUGAGCAGAUAAAAGCAGACCUUGCCGAUGCGAAAGAGCAGUUUAACGAACACCAAAAAGAACAAAACCGCUUGUACAAGGAUGUUGAGGAAGCUGAAGAGGCACUGAAAGCAACCCACAGUCCUAUCGCCAAGACUAGAGCCGAUUUCCAACAAGCCGAGUCUGUUCUUCGGGAUCUGAGACGUGAGGGCGGCCCUAGGAAUCUAGGCUUCCACGAGAGAAUGCCCGCUCUUCUCAGGGCCAUUCAACAAGAACGGUCAUUUACUAAACAACCUGUUGGGCCCAUAGGGCACCAUGUAACCUUGCUGAAGCAAGAAUGGUCCUCGAUAUUGGAAAAUUCCCUUGGAGCGACGUUGAGCAGCUUUGUUGUCACCUCGAAAAGAGACAUGAAUAUCCUCUCCAACAUCAUGCAGAAGGUCAACUGGUGA